AUGAAGGAGGUCACCUCAGACUUCAAGAUCGACGGUGAUGCCAUACAUCAGCACUACCCCAGCCAGACUGCUGAACCCCUGCACCAACACAACGACACCUGCCCAGCCCUUCAGUAUAAGAACGUGCUGAAGCUGACUGAGAACGGGGAGGAGUUCAACAACCUGGUCAGUAAGCAGCAGAUCUCUGGAAACCUGGACUCCCCUGAGGGAGGAUUCGAUGCCAUCAUGCAGGUGGCCGUCUGUGGGGAUGCCAUUGGCUGGAGGAACGUCACACGUCUGCUGGUGUUCUCCACUGACGCUGGCUUCCACUUUGCUGGAGACGGCAAGCUGGGCGGCAUCGUUCUGCCCAACGAUGGGAAGUGUCAUCUGGAGAACAACCUGUACACCAUGAGCCAUUACUACGUAUGUGUUUCUCUACUUACUCUAUACUUUCCAGACAUUUUGUAUUGCAUUUUUUWAAAUUGUAGUGUAUUGAUUUUGUGUAUUUUGCAUGUUGACCUCACAAAAUGACUUUCCAUGUACACGGACAAUAAAGUUUAGGGAUGACCCCAUUUAGUUGACCGGUCGAUUAUUGGGUCAAUGGGCUGUUGGUUGACCGAUAUUUCUAUAGUUGAGCAGUAGCAAAAAAUAUAAUAAUAAUAAUAUCAUGGUGUACAAGACACAUGUCGGAUUCGCGCCAGUCUGAGUGAACUGAUCCAUUGUGGAGGCUGUGGGGUUGGCACAAUCCAUCACUCUAAAACAUGUGCUACUGAAAUUGUAUAUGGUUAUAUUACAUAAGAACAAUGGUGCAACACUAAUAAUAUAAUAUGAUUUUAUAAAAAAUAAGCUUUCUCCCACGUUGGAUAGUGGUCGCUGUCCGUGGUUCAGAACCACAUCAGUGCGCUGUUGAAUUGGCGCCUUUUCCAAGACCAACUUGCUAUGUGCAUAAUAYCAAAGUUAACCAGAAUAUUGGUGUUGAGAACAAUGCAGUGGAGGCAGCAGCAGAAUGAGGAGAUGAGAAAUCAGCCCUUUCCUUAUUGAACAGUGAGGAGAGAGGAAACACCAACCUAAUUAGGUAUAUAAUCAAUAGCCAAACUGUUAAUUGUGCCUGGCAAUAUUUCUACAGAAAUAAGACAGACCCUGCUUCUGUUGCCUGUUUGAGUGAGUUAUUAAUAGCCUACUGAUUCRGUGAGUACCAAGCCUCACACAAUGACAUGUCAAGUAAAUCAUUUGGCUGUUUUUAAUCUUUGCUUUGCUGUAAUAAAGGCUUUACACUUUAUUUCAUUA